UCAAUUCGGCUACUGGGGUCUAUGGGAGUGUCCUGCGGUCCGGCCUUGUUGAAUUUGUGUUCUGUGGUGUAGUGUGGUGAACCGUGUGUAGGAUCCCCGUACUCUUUGGCACCAUGGACGUCCGGUAGCCCCGAUGUGUGGAAGUAGUCGUCAGAGAUUUCGUUUGUUAUUCUUUGUCACCUCCGAUAUCACCCACCACCCCAACAAUAAGCGUUGUAUAGUAAUACGCUCAGCGACCUGCAACAGGCCUCCGCUGGUGCGAGUGAUUACACGGUCGACGGCUGCUGAGCUACCUUGUCAACCCGGGAAGCAGUAGAAACACCAGCCAUGAGUGACACAGAUGAAUUGGCUGUGCAAGAAUUCUACAAGGGAAAAAGUGUACUCAUCACGGGGGUGACAGGCUUCCUUGGUAAGAUCCUCCUUGAGAAGCUGCUGCGUUCCUGCCCAGGCAUCAAGCAGAUCUUUCUCUUGAUACGGCCAAGAAAAGGAUGCAAGUCAAAAGAACGACUGUCUUCACUGCUCAAAUCUGAGUGUUUUGAGCAUGUACAUCGUGAACAUGCUGGAGCACUUGAAAAGCUGGUGGCUGUCGAUGGAGACCUAACAGAGCCUGGGCUAGGUCUGCAGCCUGCCGACUAUGAGCUUCUCACACGGGAGGUGUCAGUAGUCUUCCAUUCAGCAGCAACCAUCAAGUUCAACGAAACACUUAGGCAAGCUGUAGAAAUGAAUAUGGAAGGAACUAGGAAAGUGCUCAAGCUUUGUCACGAAAUGAAGAACCUCCAGGCAAUGGUGCAUGUGUCUACUGCAUAUUGCAAUUGUGACUGCAAGAAGCUAGAUGAACGAAUAUAUCCAUCUCACAUACACCCUCAAGAUAUUAUUUCUUGUACAAAAUGGAUGGAAGAGGGCAUGCUGGCUGCAUUGACACCACAGCUGCUUCGUGCAAAACCCAACACCUAUGUUCUGGCCAAAUUCUUGAGUGAGUCCCUGGUUGCUGAAGAAGGUGGGGACCUACCUGUGGCCAUUGUGCGACCAUCCAUUGUGGCUGCAUCAUGGAAAGAGCCUUUCCCUGGCUGGGUUGAUGCAUUAAAUGGAUCUACAAGUCUGCUGGCAUCUUGUGCAUCUGGUGUGAUGACAACCAUAGUGACCGAUGUCAAAGGCAUUGCUGACAUUGUGCCUGUGGACAUUGUGGCCAACCUGUUGAUUGUGGUUGCUUGCCAAACUGCAGCUAAAAGGGCACGGCAGAGAGAGUUGGAAGCAGCCACGGAGAAGCACUGGGAAACUGUCGAGGCUCAACCACCGGCCGUGUACAACUGCGUCACAGGCUCGCUGAACAAGCUGGUAGUGGGGGAUGUAAAACGGUACCUUGCCAAGUUCCUGCCUCAGUACCCAUUCCAAGAUACCCUGAGUUGCCCCCGUGUGGAUAUGACAUCUAGCCGCCUUUACCAAUCCAUCAUGGUGUUCUUCCGAAAUUACCUGCCGGCUCUCGCUGUGGACCUAUUGAGCCGUUGCACAGGCCGGAGACCACGCAUGGUACGGUUCCUGGAGCAGUCCAAGAGUGCCAUGGAAGCAGUGAGGUUCUUCACCACACAGACGUGGGACUUCUCGUCCAACAACAUGCUGCUACUCCACAGUAGGCUGUCACCCUUCGAUAGGCAGACAUUUGACAUAGACAUUCGGAAGAUUAACUGGGAGAGCUAUUGGGAAAACUAUCUUCUUGGUGUGAGACGCUACCUGUUUAAACAAGACCCUUCGACCAUCCCGGAGUCUCGAAAACGACUGAAACGGCAACAUGCAGUGCAUGUAGCCCUGAAGGCACUUCUGCUGCUUGGUUUCCUGAGGCUGUUGCUGGGCCGCUCAAAAGUGGUGCGGCAGCUGUUGCAGCUGGUGAUGGGACUGCUGACGCAGCUGCUGUCUGUCAUCCGCUUCAGCUCUUCCUAGGCACUACAUUUGAGGACGUGCCUGUUCUUUUUACAGUGCUUGCUUUCAGAAAGCCACUGCUUUGUUCCAUGCAGCCUUGACCUAGUAUUCUUUAAUAGUGACUGCUAGUAAGCAUUUCUUUUAAGCCGUUCUUUGCCAUGGAAUACCCACAAGCACUUGCUCAUGCUGACCAUGUGGGCCUUUCACUUUGGCUACUUCUCUUAGGAGUCUUUUGCUUUCAUCAAUUCUGCCUCUGAUAUUAGUUUUCGAGCCCACCCAAGAAAUGCAUUGUAAAGAAGGUAGUGUCUACGUUGAAAGGCACGACUGACUUUCCUCCCAAGGUUCCAUUUUUUGUGUAUUUUCUUGAUUACUUUUAGUUUUUGCAAUUUUUGCACAUAUCUGCUAAUGCCUGCUUCUGUUCAAGCAGAAAGCUCAAGGCUGUCUGGAACAAAGUCUGUGUCCAUGCUCUAGAACUCCACCGUUAUCAUGUUCCUGUUUUUAAAUGCUGUUGGUCUAUUUUGUGAAAAUAACUUUGCAUUCACAAAGGCACAAGAAUAAGCAAAAACCUUUUAUUAUGCGGCAUUUAUACAAGGUAUGCAAAUGUAUGCACCUUGCUGUAUUGUGGAAUUCUUUAGGUUUAAGGAAAUUUUGAUGUUUAUUUUACAUUGCAGAUUGUACAAGCUUGCCUGCAUGUGGUAUCAUUGGUUGAAAUGUUUAGUUUAAGCUGUUGCGUGUUAGAUCAGCUGGCAGUACUGAGCUAAUGCAUCAAUUUACUCAACUUGUGCACCUACUUGUGUGCAUACAUCCUGUUCUUUGUUGUUGCAAAAAGCAACUUAGCAAGCAAGCUGCUCAGAAAAAAGGUGUAUUUUGCAUACGGCUCUGUAGUACCUUGACAACAUUCAUUUACACCCUGUGCAUUGUUUAUUUAGGGGUUCGGCCUGACUGUGGUUUCAAAAGUGGUAUCAGUUGUGGGAGAAGGUAACUUCAGUGAUUAACGAAGCCCAGGUAUUUAACAGCUUCUAGCGUUUAUGACAAAUCAGAUGUUGUAUGCUUUAAGCUGCCCAACUUCUUUAUCUGCAUCACUUCUGUUUACUUGUGCUUGCAUUUACAUACUUCAAUGGUAGCAAUAGCUGGAGCCCCAAAAGUCUCAACAUCUCGCACAAAUGUGAAAAGAAGUAUGUGUAAUUUUGAUGAUGCGGGCAGCAAUAGAAACAUUAUUCGUGACUUCGACUUUCCUACAAUAAAUAAAUAUGCAAUAUUUGCAUGAUUCUAACGUGCGCCUUUUUGAAUCAAACGUGCAUUCAAAUUUGCAUGCACGUUACAACCGUAAUCAAUUCUACUCAAAAUCAAAAACGAAAGCGAUUCUUACAGAAAAGGAAAGCUCAGUGCAAGGUAGCUAGCCACACUGCCAUUGAAUGGAAGUUAUCUUAUGCCUUGGUUUGCAGUCACCAUAUUCCAAUUUGUUGUAUGUAUGGCAUUUCUAACAUAUUAGAUGGAAAUGAAGAUUUUCUGUAGUUGGUAGACAGCAAAAAGAAGGUGUCGUAGGAUACCGAUAGUGACUUGCCACUAAGAUACAGCUGGGUGUGUGUCUGUGUGCCUUUGUGUUUUCCAUAAAGUUGUUUCAACAUGGUAUGUGUUCACUCAGGUUUCGUUACUUGAUAUGCACAGUAGAAUUGCUGCCAAGUUUUUGUAAAAAUAUAUUUGGGCAGUAAUAUAACUGCACAUUACAAUGGGGGGCACGGUAGAAUCGUGCAAAUACGGCAGUAUACUGUCGUGAAACAUCACUUGAUCAAAGCAUGCAGAAAUGAAGAACUUUAACCCCUGCUGAUUUGGUCAGAUAAACUGCAGUAAGCCUCAUUGGACUAUCAGUUAGAGGGUGUCGCACACACUCAGAAACUGCUUUAAAGUCUUUAUUGUCAUCAGGACAGUAAUAAAAAGUGUGACCCUAGGCAAGCCAGCUAUGUCACCAUGUUCUGCAGGUGACACCAUUGCUGGGUGAAGUAAUGGCCAGAUGUCAAGCAAUUUGUGUGUCAUCUACUGUCCACUGGUUUUAGCGCACAACUAAUACCAAUUGGCCAGCCCAAGAUUUUCUUCACAGGCAGAGCUGAUAGGGGUGGUUCAGACAAAUAUUGUUUGUGAUAUAGGAUAUUGACAUUGAUGUUGAACAUGGCUGAGGCUGAGUACUAGAGGUUUAGUCAUUUAAUUGUGUAAUGGCGGUAGUUAAGACAGUUUUAGCACCUUGUAACUAAUUAUUUUACACCGUAUUUAUGUGUUUGAUGUAGCCAUUUGAAUUGAGUAAGUGUGUCUGCUCAUGGAGAGCACCAGUGUUGUAACCGUUGCACUCAAUUCAGCAUAAUUCUGUUUGUGUGCGAUAGCAUUUUUAUGAGGUACUUUGAAACACUCAGAGUGAGCGGGGCAUCCCACAGCAUAGGGCGGAAAUGUUUUUUAUAUGAUGGAGCAUGUGGUGGGUGCCUAACAUGCUCCUAUUUCUAUUUUAAUUUUUCUCAUUUUCAAUCCAGAUGCCUAGUGACUGCUCCAGCUGAUAUAGCAUGAAAAGUUCUAUUUCCCUCUAUAUAAACGUGAAGAUGCUGGCCAUCUUUCAGCAUUGUCUUGCCUGCACAAUUUUUUUACGUGUAUGCUGAAAAUCUGAAUUCACAUUUUAUUAAGACCUUCUGUUGCCUUGCAUUCAGGUUAUUCUUUAACACUCUGUCAGUUAAGGCUAAACCCUACAAGAGUGAUUUUGUUCACAAAUGUGAUGGCUUCGAGCGCCAAAACGAGCCAUUGCUUGAACAGAUCACUUGAUCUUGUCGCUCGAUUGCUCAGUUCUGGAAAUCUAGAAUUCGUCGUUCCUCACCCAAAAGUGCUAUGAGCGACUAACCAAUAGUGCAGAGCUGGAACUGGAUGUACAUCACUACCGAUUGUCACACGGAACGAGUAAACGAGUGAAUUUUUGUACGUGCAAGGAUAAGAACCUACUGCAAGACCUUCAGAAAUAUAUUAUGCUGCUCUUUUACCGUAAAAUACAUUAAAUAAAUUAAUAAAGCAUGCGUCACACUAGUUUCGAUGCAUAUUUGAUGCCCUCAUACCGGCAACACUGGGAAAACGUCGCCCAAAAUGGUUGCUCGCACGGGGUGCGACCUGUAGGUGACGAGCAAAUGCGACAACCAUCUCUGUGGCAUCGCUUGUCGCUGUCAUGUGCAAGAUUGCUUGCAUGGGGUUUAUGCAUUACCUAAAAAGUGAAGAGCAAAAAGCAAAACUUUUUUCUUUCAGAAGCAAAUUCUGGUAGCUAUGAUGAAGUGGUGCGAAAUAUUACUAGAAGAAAAUGGCAUAGUAUGUGUUGAGUGUCUGAAUUUAGAAA